AUACACCCACACACAUAUAGAUAUACAGCUAUAUAUGUGAACAUAAAUUGUAUAGUACACCAAAAAAAAAAAAAAAAAAAUUUAUAGAGAGAGAGAUAAAGGACGCCCCCAAAGCCCAAACCAAAGCCUGCCCAAUUUCUGCACAGAGAAUCGAAAGUAUGUCUUAGUGCCAGAACCGCGAAGAACAGAAACUGCAGAGACAUAUAUAUAUCUAGAGAGAGAGAGAGAGCGAAGAGAGAGAGAGAGAGACAGAAAAAGAGAUUGGUUGUGCAUAUAGUUCCAAUCAACAAGUCCUCUUUCUUCCUAUCCAAUCCACAUGUUGGAAGACCGACGCUGUGUGCUUUCGAGGGGCUAUCGGAGGACCUGUGAACGUGAAGACGAUUGGGCUUGCAUGAAUUACGAGCUAGGAAAAUUUGAUGCUAAGAAAAAUGGCAAGAGGCAAUUAGAAAUUGAUGGGGAUGAAGAAGUUUGUGUAAGGAAGUUGUCCAAGCAAUCUGAUGAUUGUGAAAGAUUGGACUUAACACUAACAUUGUUUGACAUUUCUGUGUCCCAGGCAGACCAAUCUGCUAAGCAGCAUCAAGCUGGGGAUACUUCAGAUUCGGGUUCCCUUAUCCAUCAAAUUGGCUGGGACAACUCAAUUAGCUGUCUCAGUCGUUGCUCCAGGUCCGAUUAUGGUUCUAUAGCAUCUUUGAAUCGGAGCUUCCGCUCUGUAAUUCGUAGCAGUGAGCUCUAUAGACUGAGACGGGAGAAUGGUGUGAUUGAACACUGGGUUUAUUUUUCUUGUCGCCUCAUUGAGUGGGAGGCUUUUGAUCCAAAUCGGCGCCGCUGGAUGCGCCUGCCAAUGAUGGCCUCCAACGAAAGCUUUAAGUGUUCAGACAAGGAGUCCCUGGCUGUUGGCACUCAGCUUCUUUUAUUCGGAAAAGAGUUGAUGUCCCAUGACAUGUCCCAUGUCAUGUCCCCUGUCAUAUACAAAUAUUGUAUAUUGACAAACACUUGGUCAUCUGGAAUGAGGAUGAAUGCUCCAAGAUGCUUGUUUGGGUCUGCCAGCCUUGGGGAGAUUGCUAUUUUAGCUGGUGGUUGUGAUUCAGAUGGUAACAUCCUGAGCUCUGCAGAGCUUUAUAAUUCCGAGAAGGGAACUUGGAAGACAUUACCAAGCAUGCAUAAACCACGAAAGAUGUGUUCUGCGGUGUUUAUGGAUAAUAAGUUUUAUGUGAUUGGGGGAAUAGGAGGAAGCGAAUCAAAGUGUCUUACGUGUGGAGAGGAGUUUAAUUUGGAAACAAAUAGUUGGACCGAGAUCCCUAACAUGUCUCCUGUACGGACUGGUGUAGCCAGGGAAUUCGACGUGCCUGCUACAGCAGAGGCACCUCCUCUGGUUGCUGUUGUACGCAAUGAAUUGUAUGCAGCUGAUUAUGCAGACAUGGAACUAAGGAAGUACGAAAAGGAAAGGAAAAUAUGGGUCACUGUAGGGGGAUUGCCUGAACGGGCAGGUUCCAUGAAUGGUUGGGGCUUGGCAUUUAGGGCAUGUGGAGAUCAGCUUAUUGUUAUUGGUGGACCUAGGGCUGUGGGUGAAGGGUAUAUAGAAGUGAAUUCAUGGGUCCCAACUGAAGGCCCUCCAGAGUGGAACGUGCUUGCCCAGAAGCAAUCUGGUAACUUUGUCUAUAAUUGUGCUGUGAUGGGAUGCUGAAGAUUUGGAGUUUGGUGGUUCAGUGUGCACUAUUAUGGUGCCUUUCGCUGAACGGGAUCUACAACAGAUUGUUUUCUUCAUCAAGCACAUGAUUCUUGCUAAUGGGUAAUUUGUCCCAACUCUUCUCUUCUUUCUUCUUUUCCUUUCCUUUAUUUUCUUCUUCUUCUUUUUUUUUUUUUUCCUAUGAGUGGAGAAUGAUGGGGGAUAAAAAUCAGACUCUACUCAAGUUUCAACAUGAUGUUUUUAGUAAAGAGGUCUUGAGAAUAUGUCUAGAACAUUUAUGUAUGUUCUCUUCAGUUGUAUUUGCAUCUUUCCCCAUGUUCAGUGACAUGAGAAUUUUCAGAGGUGGGCAUUAUGUAUCACAGAGAUAGGUUUAAUAAUUUGAAGUACCAAUACAUUUGUAGGUUGUGGUUAGUGUU